CAAGUCAUGAGGUAGGCUGCGGAAAAGGGGUUCUUGCUGCUGAUGUUCAAGGGACGUCAUCCUCAGUGGUCGUUCUCAUCACUCCUGGUUACUCACUGAGUAUCGUCCCCAUUAGCCGAUUUCCCCACCCCCUCAUUUUGACUGUCAAUUCUGGUUAAACAUCAAGCCACUGUCAAUCUCGACACCGCCAACUCCAAGGCUUUGGGAGCUUUGAACACCAUGGAGCAGAGUGGCAGCCACAGCGAUGUGGCCAGCUCUCACUCAGAAUCCAGUCAAUAUGAAGGAAUUCGAGCCCCGCAGCAAGACCAGCGACCGCAGACGAAAGAGCGCAGUAACAGUAGGGCGUUUGAGGAACUGAGCGACGAAGAUAGAGAGGAGCUGGCUCGCAUCGCAUCCAACUUUCCCAAACAACAGACAGCCGACAGCGGAAUUAAUGGCCAAGGUCUCAAGAGAAAGGAAACUGCGGGAAGCGUCAACCUCGACGACCCAGCCCUUGACCCGACCGGCGAUAAGUUCGACCAUUACAAAUGGUCAAGGAUGAUGCUCAAGUUGAUGGACCGACAGGGAAUCCCACGACCUCCGUCGACUGGAGUAGUAUUCCAAAACCUCAACAUCUCUGGGUCCGGCUCAGAGCUACAAUACCAGAACUGCGUGCCCGAUUUGCUGUUAGCACCGUUUCGACCACAGGACUACAUUAGGUUUGGAAAAGCGCCGGUGAAACACAUCCUACGCGACUUCAAUGGACUUCUCAAGAGCGGCGAACUGCUGAUUGUCUUGGGGCGGCCCGGUAGUGGUUGUUCCACGUUCCUCAAGUCUAUCUGCGGAGAACUGCACGGACUGAAGCUUCGCAAGAGCUCCGAGAUGCAAUACAACGGGAUACCUAUGGAGAGGAUGCACACAGAGUUCAAAGGAGAGACCCUGUAUAACCAGGAGGUGGAUAAACAUUUCCCUCACUUGACGGUUGGAGAGACGCUCGAAUUCGCUGCGGCAGCUAGGACCCCAGAGCAUCGAUUGCAUGGGGUCAAACGACAAACAUUUGCUAAGCAUAUCACCAAAGUCGCAAUGUCCAUAUUCGGUCUAUCCCAUACGUAUAACACGAAGGUGGGUGAUGACUAUGUCCGAGGUGUUUCAGGGGGUGAAAGAAAGCGAGUUAGUAUCGCGGAGAUGGCCUUGUCCGGGGCACCUCUCGCGGCGUGGGACAACAGCACCAGAGGACUUGAUUCUGCCAGUGCUUUGGAGUUCAUCAAGGCAUUGCGGGUUUCUUCAGACUUGGUCGGAUCAUGCCACGCAGUCGCCAUUUACCAAGCUUCGCAGCCGAUCUACGAUCAGUUCGAUAAAGCCAUAGUUCUCUACGAAGGCCGAGAAAUAUACUUUGGUCCCUGCAGCGAAGCAAGAGACUACUUCAUGGAGAUGGGUUGGGAUUGUCCGCCGCGCCAGACGACGGGUGACUUUUUGACUUCCGUUACAAACCCCCGAGAACGUCAAGCUCGUGAAGGGAUGGAGAAUAGGGUCCCCCGUACACCCGAUGAUUUUGUUGAUUAUUGGAAGAAAAGCCGUUUUUGUGCCGACCUUCAAGCACAGAUCGAAGAAUAUCGCCAGGAGUUCCCACCUGGGGGCGAGUCAGAACAGACAUUUAAGGAGAUGAAGAAGUUCAGGCAAGCCAAGCAUGUCCGGCCGAAGAGUCCUUAUGUUAUCUCUAUCCCCAUGCAGAUUAAGAUGUGCACAAUCAGAGCUUAUCAAAGGAUCUGGAACGAUAAACCCUCGACAUUGACAUUGUUUAUUGGGCGAGUUGCAAUGUCUCUCAUUAUUGGCUCUAUAUAUUACGGGACGCCAAAUGCUUCGGCGGGUUUUCAGAGCAAGGGAGCUGCUCUCUUCUUUGCUGUGCUUAUGAACGCCCUUAUCAGUAUCACGGAGAUCAACUCGCUUUAUGACCAGCGACCCGUUGUCGAGAAACAAGCCUCUUAUGCUUUUGUUCACCCAUUCGCUGAAGCUCUUGGGGGUAUUGUAUCCGAUCUUCCAGUGAAAUUCAUUUCUGCUGUGAUCUUCAAUGUCAUAUUCUAUUUCUUAGCCGGUUUGCGUUAUGCGCCAUCACAGUUUUUCAUCUUCUUCCUCUUUACAUUCCUCAGCACACUUGCGAUGUCUGGAGUUUUUCGAACCCUGGCCGCAGCAACGAAGACAUUGGCACAGGCGAUGGCUAUGGCCGGUGUGAUAGUUUUGGCUAUUGUCAUCUACACUGGUUUCGUGAUCCCUGUGCCGCAGAUGUCGUCCAUUCCAUGGUUCAGCUGGAUCCGUUGGAUCAACCCUGUCUUCUAUACAUUCGAGUCCUUGGUCGCGAACGAGUUUCACGGUCGACGGUUUAUUUGUUCUCAAUUCGUGCCUGCAUAUCCAACCCUGAGUGGCGACUCCUUUAUCUGCGCUGUUCGGGGGGCGGUUGCUGGAGAGAGAACCGUUGAUGGAGACACCUUUAUUCGAGCCCAAUACACUUACACCUACACACACGAGUGGAGGAAUCUGGGUAUUUUGAUCGGGUUUUGGAUCUUCUUCACGGUCAUUUAUCUGAUCGCUACGGAGCUCAAUUCCACGACGUCGUCGAAAGCCGAAUUCUUAGUCUUCCGGCGUGGUCACGUACCGCCGCAAAUGCGCCAUCUCGAAGACCCCAAUGCUAACAUGGAUCAUACGCCCGGAGAUAUUGGUCAAGAUAGUAAUGAAAAGAAGGAAAACCCACCAGAGAGAGAUGCUUCUGUUAUACCGGAACAACACAGCAUAUUCACCUGGAGAAAUGUUUGCUAUGAUAUCCCGGUCAAGGGAGGGCAACGACGACUCCUGGACAAUGUUUCUGGAUGGGUCAAACCCGGCACACUUACAGCGUUGAUGGGUGUCUCUGGUGCAGGAAAAACUACUUUACUAGAUGUUCUAGCCAAGCGGGUGUCUAUCGGUGUUGUUUCCGGUGAGAUGUUGGUGGAUGGAAAGCCUCCUGACACUAGCUUCCAACGAAAAACAGGGUAUGUUCAGCAGCAAGACCUUCACCUUUCCACUACCACGGUAAGGGAAGCACUGCGCUUCAGCGCACUCCUCCGCCAGCCAAAGUCGGUCUCCAAGGGCGAGAAAUACAAAUUUGUCGAAGAAAUCAUAGAGAUGCUCGACAUGCAUGACUUUGCAGACGCAAUUGUUGGAGUCCCUGGGGAAGGGCUGAACGUUGAGCAGCGGAAGCUUCUGACAAUUGGCGUCGAGCUGGCUGCGAAACCUGCCCUGUUGAUUUUCCUGGAUGAGCCGACAAGUGGUUUGGACUCACAGAGCUCCUGGGCAAUCUGUUCUUUUCUCCGCAAGCUGGCGGCUCAUGGCCAGGCGGUGCUGUCCACGAUCCAUCAGCCAAGCGCACUGCUCUUCCAGCAGUUUGACCGUCUGCUGUUCCUGGCGAAGGGUGGGAAGACCGUUUACUUUGGGGAAAUUGGAGAGCAGUCUCAUACAAUGCUCGAGUACUUUGAACGGAAUGGAGCACGCCCCUGUGACUCCAAAGAAAAUCCGGCCGAAUAUAUGCUCGAGAUCAUCGGGGCUGGUGCAUCGGGUAAAUCCACCAAAGACUGGUCGAUAGUCUGGAAUGAGAGCCAGGAGGCAAAGGAUGUGCAAAGAGAGAUCGAUCGGAUCCACGACGAGCGAGCAUCGACAUCUGACACUGAUACGGACGAUGGUACCCAGCACCAGGAAUAUGCCAUGCCCUUCGUUUAUCAGCUGUGGUAUGUCACGCAUCGGGUGUUUCAGCAAUAUUGGCGGGAACCAGCGUACAUAUGGGCGAAAUUGAUCCUGGCGGCGGCUUCGGCUGUGUUCAUUGGAUUCACUUUCUUCAAACCGCAAAGCUCCAUGCAAGGGUUCCAAGACGUGUUGUUCAGCGCUUUUAUGCUCACGGCGGUUUUCUCAACCUUGGUGCAACAGAUCAUGCCCAAGUUCGUCGUCCAACGUUCGUUGUACGAGGUGCGCGAGCGACCCUCGAAGGCAUACUCUUGGGCUGCUUUUCUUAUCGCCAAUGUAAUCGUGGAGAUUCCCUGGCAGAUCCUCGCGGGGGUGAUCUCAUGGGCCUCGUAUUAUUUCCCGAUCUACGACUCCCACCAGUCGCCCCAGCGCCAGGGCCUUAUGUUGCUCUUCGUCACGCAGUUCUACCUCUUCACCUCGACGUUCGCCUCGUUCAUUAUCGCGGCCCUCCCUGAUGCCGAGACCGGCGGCACCAUCGCGACGCUGUUGUUCAUCAUGGCAACAGUCUUCAACGGUGUGAUGCAGCCACCGAACGCGCUCCCCGGCUUCUGGAUCUUCAUGUACCGGGUAUCCCCACUGACAUACCUGAUCGCGGGCUUAACAGCGACGGGGCUCCACAGCCGACCCAUCAUCUGCUCCCGCGAGGAGUUGAGCGUCUUCAACCCGCCGUCCGGAACGACAUGCGGGGAUUACCUAGGCCCAUACUUACAGCAGGCGCCAGGCCGACUGUCCAACCCAACCGCGACACAUGGCUGCGAGUACUGCCAGUUCCGGAGCGCCGACCAGUAUCUCUCGAUGACAAAUAUAUUCUGGAGCGAGCGCUGGCGCAACUACGGCCUCGGAUGGGCCUACAUCGGAUUCAACAUCAUGGGCACAGUUGUCCUAUACUAUCUCUUCCGAGUCAAGCACUACAACCCCACAUCCCCGAUCCGUGGCCUCGUGCGCGGCGCAAAGUUCCUAUGUCGGGUGUUCAAGCGACGCUCAGGCGAGACGCCCAAGGGGCGGGAAGCAGAGAAUGGACGAUUGUUGAAUAUAAACCAGGGCUUGAUAAAGAACGACGAUACUGAGUAG